AUGAAGUACAUAAACAUCGGCGUGUUCGAGAGCAGUUGCUUCUCCGCAAUCGAACGUCAAACACCUCACAUUCCGAGCGAAAUUAUUCCUGGCUUGUAUCUUGGGAACGCCCUGACUGCAGCGGCUUACCUGCUGGGCAAAAUCGGUAGACCAGACGACAAAUACCCUUCGAUUGCCAGAAUGAUCACCGUACUGCCAGAAAGCUACGAGGGAUUCCCCUUCCCGCGCUUUCCUCGGCCUCUAGGCCGGGGAAAGGACAUUCAGAGGCUCGUGAUAGAGAAGCAGGAUCUUGAAGACACCAACCUUCUGGAGGGUUUUGACAAGGCUGCUCAAUUCAUUGAAGAGGGUGUGCUGGAGUAUGAGCGAGCGAUGGAGCGAGAAGAGCCCCGUCCAGCGUCACGCAAAUCCACAGGAGAGAGUCUCGACGAUGAUAAGGGCAAAGCGAGAGCAUCGUCGCCGUCAACAUGCCCUCCAGUUUCAGCCUGUAAAGUCCGCACAGAGCAACUGCCAAUACGACCACGAGAUAACCCGCUAUGGGCAAGCAAGUUGGCACCCAAAUCUCCCAUCGUCGUGCUGAAACAGCCUCAUCACCCCGUUCACAGCAAUCUAUCAAAACCCAUCAACACGACACAAACCAACCAACAAAUGUCAUCCUCACACACCCGAGCACAAGUAUCCCAAACCUCACGCAACCAAACCGGCGCCGUCCCCGUCCACUGCCACGGCGGCAUCUCCCGUUCCGCCACAAUCAUCGUCGCAUACCUCCUCAAUUACCACACAAGACUUCCCAAGUCUGACCCCUACGAUGCAGACGACGACCCAAAAUCCCGCCGCAAAGCAAAACGUUCCCAAGAAGACUCACUAGACGUCUCGGUCCGCGCCACGCAAUUCGUGAGGUCGAAGCGAUCAACUGUGCUUCCGAACAAGGGGUUUCGCUAUCAACUAUCGCAUUAUGCGAGCACGUUUGGUCGUUCGCUUACGGAUCCUGAGACUGGGAAAGUCAAGGAUGCGGAGUCGGAGCGGGCUGUUACUCGGGCUUUGAGGUAG